AUGAUCGAUUUUUGUCGUGAAGAAUAUGCUGAUAAUAUUAUUCAAUUAAAAUUGAUUGAUGAAUUUGAAAAUAAUUUUCAACCAGCUGAUGCUAUUCAUUGGUAUUUACGGCACGAAACCUUUUUAUACAAAAUGAUGACACGAGCAUUUCGAGUCUUGGAUCCGGAUAUUUUAUUUAAACUUCGAUAUUUUAUUCAACAUCUUCACUGUCAAUUGAAAUCGCCUAUUAAUACAAGCGUAUUGACUGUCCAUCGAACACUUCGAAUUCGAAAGGAUCUUUUCAAUAAGAUGAAAAAAAACCAGGGCGCAUUGUUAUCAUUUAAUGAAUUUCUUUUGGUUAAUAAAAACCAAUCAAAAAUCGAACCUUCUCCCACGAACACAGAUUCGAAAUUGGUCCAUUUUCAGAUUGCUUUAGGAACCGAUGUUUCUCGGCAUGACGUUGCAACAAAACCCAAUGAAGUUCUUUUGACAGCUGGAACAAUAUUCCGUGUUGAUAAAGUUGAACCGAUUGAUGAAGAAGCAUUUACUGCUGAAUUAACGAGCAAUGAUGAAAUUCUUAAAGCUGGUCAACUGAUAACAAAAGGUUUACGUGAUGCUGUACAUGGUCCUUUUCCAUUAGUACGCAUGGUGAAAUUGAUGAAACAGAGAGAAUUAACGGGUUAUAUGGAACAUUUUUGUUCAAUGUUAAUCGACGAUCCUCAAGCUGUGGAAGAUGAAGCAACAAACUUAACUCUUGGAGGAUUACUUCAUUCAUUAGGAACUUAUUAUUAUGAAAGAAAGCAUUAUGAACAAGCGUUAAGUCAUCUUCAAAAUGCUUUAAAAGUCUAUUUACGUGUUCUACCUGGUGACGAUGUGAGAUUAACACCAACCUAUAACAAUAUUGGAAGUAUCUAUAAUAAACAAGGUUUGAAUGAACAAGCAUUAGAGUAUCAUCGUAAGGCCUAUGAAAUUCAAAAGAGUUCGACCGAUCCUGAUCUGGAUUCAGUCGCUGCUUACGUAGGUAACGUUGGCUCGGUUCUUAUAAAACUUGGUAGAUACAAAGAAGCCGUUAGCUAUCUUGAACUUGAUUUACAAAUUAAACAAAAACUUCAUCCGAAUAAUGAUCAUCCUGAUGUAGCUGCAAAAUAUCAUAAUCUUGCUGGAGCUCAAUAUAAGUUGCAUCAAUAUUCAGAAGCAUUAGAAAAUUAUCAGAAAUGUCUUGAUAUUGAACUCAAAUGUCAUUCAGAUGAAAAUCCAACCGUUGCAGUAACCUAUUAUAACAUGGCAACAACAUUCGAGGAACUCGGACAAUUGCACGAAGCAAAAGAAGCGGUGGAAAAAGCCAUUACACGUUUACUUUUAACUAGACAAGCAGAUGAUGAAGAAAUACAAAUGCAAAGAAAAUAUCUUCAACGUUUAGAACAAAAAAUUUGGAUGAAAAGUUUAUUUGCCAAAACAUAA